CGCGCCUCUUCUCUCAAUCUCUAUCUCACUCUCUCUCUCACUCGCUCUCUCACUCGCUUUCUCUCUCUCUCUCUCUUUCGCACUUACUCGCUUGUGUUAGCUCGCUCGCUCGGCGCGUAAAUCAGCGCCUCGGAGCUUUGAGUGUAAUUUUAAUUCGAAUCAAUUUGUUUGUCGCCGCCGCGGCCGGCGCACAGUGGGUCUCCAUCGCUGCCAUCGCCGGGUCUCUCUCUCAGCAUUCUGCGGCCAAGACGAAGUUCGAGUCGCAUAUCCUUUCUGGCCGUUUCAGUUGUUGUUCUUGUUGCUGCGCCGUGUUUGGUUAACGUGUGAUGCAACAGUUGCGCCCCCAGCCGCCCCACAGUUACCAGCGUUCGGCACACACACCACCCCCGCCCCUCACACCCAACACACCGCAGCGUUCCUCGAAUGGAUCAUCUGCUCAAGCAGCUGGCAGCGGCUGCGCAGGCGCACACGCAAGCCCCGCUGAUGGGCUUGCCAGGCUUUGGAGCCGGCGUCCAUCCAACCGCCACGCAUCCGCAUGCCGCAUCUGCGCUACAGCUCUAUGCAGCCGCAGCCGGCUGGGCGCCAUUUCUGGGCCUGAGUCCGCUAAGCGGGGCCAGUUCCAGCUAUCGCCAUGGAGCGGCGCCUGGCGCCUCCGGCAACGCCUCCGUACACAUGCUGCGUCACAUGGCGCUGCUGCAGCGCGCCAAUGCGGCUGCAGCGGCGGCCAAUGCAGCGAGUAAGCUGCAGCAGCUUAAGGAGCAGCACGAGGACCACGACGACGAUGACGACGACGACGACGAGGUGGAGGUGGAAGCACUGGAGCCAGCGUCACGUAAAAUGCUGCAAACGGAGGCUCUUGAGGUCUCCUCGGCCUCCGCCUCCGCCUCGGCGUCAGCGUCCGCCCACGAUGAUGAGACGGCCAGCGAGAGCAGCGCCGCAGCCGCCGCCAAUCGUCGACGCAGCCGCACCAAUUUCAACACCUGGCAGCUGGAGGAGCUCGAGCGCGCCUUUCUCAGCAGCCACUAUCCGGAUGUGUUUAUGCGCGAGGCGCUGGCCAUGCGUCUGGACCUGAAGGAGGGCCGCAUAGCGGUUUGGUUCCAGAAUCGCCGGGCCAAGUGGCGCAAGAAGGAGCACACGAAGAAGGGACCGGGUCGGCCGGCGCACAAUGCACAGCCGCAGAGCUGCAGCGGGGCUCCGAUACCGUUGCCGGAGCUGCGUGCCAGGGAACGCGCACAGCGCAGCAAGCGCAUCGCCAAGGCGAUCGAGCGGCAGGCGCGCAAGCUGCGGCUCAAGGGACUCGACGUGAAUGUGGAGCAGCUGCGCGCCGACUAUCUGGCCGCGCACCGCAAUGACAUCGAGCACGCCGAGCUGGAGCAGGACGAUGAGCUGCCCAUCGAUGUGGUGGGCGUCUGCAGCGACAGCCUGGACAACUCGCGGUCGCACAGCUCCAACCUUGCCGCCGCCCUCACGAACCAAAGAAGCUGCCCGGACAACAGCUGCGAUGGCAGCGCUGUGAUAAAACUGGAGCCACUGGAGCCACUGGAAGCACUGGUACCACUGGAGUCUACUAAUCUGCCCCCGCUGCCCGCAGAGCCGACGCAGCCGCCGCCGCCGCCGCCGCCGGCGCAGCAAAAGCCGCAGCACAAUUCAUGCUUCAGCAUCGAAUCGCUGCUCGGCACAUAACACCCAUCCAGAAGCAAUACAACAACUAUACAAAUUAUUUAUUUUU